GUUCUGGCUGCCCACAGUGCCAAGACGGUGCCAGUCAGUCAGUUAGUAUUUUUGGAUCGCUCCGAUAAAUCGGUUCUACGGUUCCUGGCGCGAGACCGGAAAUCCUCUGGCAGUAAUCAUUGGUCAAUCACGGCGCCGUUUGCCGUCGACGGGGAGCGUUCGAUUCUCGCCGGUAUUCGCGUGUGUGUUUCUGGCGGAAUCUUCCACUCGCUGGCUGCUGGUUUUCGGGGUUCCGCGUGUCGCGAUUUUUCUUUCUUUCUAUCUCUUUAAAGUUCGCGGUUCGAUUCGUACCGCGCGCACCGGAGAGGGCUGGAAAGGUGUGGGCCUCGUGGAUGCAGGGAUGCGAUAAGGCAAGUGGCGACGCGUUUGUGACGUUAAUUUUCUGUGAUUGUGUAGGUCCGGAGAUCCACUGCUUCAUUAUCACCCUCUCUACUAGUCUAGUUUGACUGCACAGGCGGAUAAUGGGUAGUGUUUACCCCAAGAGAUCGGCUCGGCCGUGAAGCUAUACAGAGGAAUGGAUAUGUUUGUGGAUCCGUAUGUGUGUGAGGGAUCAUGUGUUUGUGGAGAUGUUUACCGAUCCAGAUUUUUUCUGUACUGCUCUGAAAGCUCACUUGCAGAGACCUGGCUGUGAAUUAUUUCCUCCACUGAACGAAAAAGUGUUUGGACGGCACGAAAAAUUCCGCGCCAGAGCAGUCUCAGACCAGGUAGUUUCCGGCAGAGCUAAAGUUACAUUCUUCCGGUACUAAACCGUAAUGGAGACGCUGGUACUGGUAGGUGAUUGAGGACUAGUAUCUCGGGUGGUGCGAGCAAAAAAAAGUUCUGUUCGUGGAAGAAGAAAAAAUGCGAACGAUGUGUGAUUAAAAUAACCCAGUAGCGAGUGAAUGGUUGCCUGAUAUAGCUGUGUGUAAGUUAUUGCUUUAUGUGGAUGGAAGCUAAGGUGGAACACCACCAUCAUCAUCAUCAUCUGUGAGAGUGGUGCAGGAGUCAAAAUGCUAGCCGUGUAAUCGUACGGCUACACAGCAAGUGUCAGAACGGAACUGGGCAACCGGAAAAGGUGUAAAACAGGAGAAAAGUAAGUCUGAACAAGUGCCUACAAACUGGUUGUGUGUGCGGUUGCCUGAAUCGAAAGUGAAGAAUGUGAUGGCAGAGCUAACCUCCCCAGGGCAGGGUAGAGGGUGGUUGCAUUUUAAAUCGUAGCGUUUUAUAGUUCUCGAAUGUCGCGUCACUACUGGUGCACUGUAGGUAUCGCAAAGUAAAACAAAAAACCAAAGUGAAGUGUUUGUCAAUCCUUCCACGUGAAGAACAAGUAGUCAACAAACGUGCUGCUUUUUUGUGCGGCUCAAGUGUGCGACUUUGGGUGUUGACAUGAGAAGAUAAGUGGUGCUACAAGAGUGCUAAGGAAAGUGGAGCGCGGAUGAGGAAAACUUUUCCUCUUUAAUACGUACUCUCGCUCGCGAGUUGUUUGGGGCUGACGGGCAGCCGCCAGCAGUCGGUGGAACAAGGAGUGAGGUGAAUGGUAGAACAGUGUUUCGACAAUAGACGCACGGAUUGUUGCGAGCUUUCGACUGGGACGAGGGCAACGGAAUAACCUCCCGGCAACCGAUACAACCGCUCUGGCUCUGGCAUCAUCAACACUAGUGUGCGCCUUUUUCGGUUCGAACACGAUUCGCCGACGAUAGCGAGCGAGGAGGUAUUUUCACAUUUUAAUCAUCUCCGUCGUCGCGUCGUGUCGUAAGUGAGGGGGCGAGGGGCUGUUUUGUGUGAGCGAAAUUCCGGUGGAAACGAGACCGGAAAUUUAACAUCAACAGGAAAGCGGGAAUAAGUGGUCGUAAACAGGCAUUGGCCGCCAGUUACCCGCGCUGUAUCCACCGGAGCAAGAAGAAGAAGCCGGAAAAGUUGCGCUGAAAAACCGUCGUGAUCGGGCGGAGAUAAAUAGUUUUGUGGUUUCAAGAAGUAGGAAAAGUGUUUCGUUGCUUUUAUCGGAAAUUGUUUAUUGUGUUAAUGUGGUAGCUUGGCGAAGCAUGAAAUCUAGAUGUUCGCGGAUCUCUCCGUGAAGGAAGAGGAGAAAAAGCGGUUUUAUGGUUUCAUUCUGAACAUUGAGGUGUAGUGGUAAUGAGCAAAAGAUGAAAGAUAAUUCAGCUUUUGGAUGUUCUGAGGAUGUGUGCAAUCGUCAAUAGAUUGAUUCAUCGGAAAAGCAUUCAACAGCCAGAAAUAUAUCAUAGAAUGGAAGUGUUUGUUCACGAUAUGGAGAAGUGAAUCUGUGAGCAGCUCGGGCGGGGAUUGAAAAUCGUAGUCGAAUCGAGGGAGCCGCUACUUGAAUGUGGCUCAAUGGUUUGUGCUGCGGUGGUCUCUGCGGAGUCGGAGACGUGCUGAAGAAGAAUCCGUACUGUGAACCACCGGCAUACGGCGGCGUGGAACAGGAGCAAUUAAACGGAACCGGUCUGCCGGACGACAGUGGCCCGGAGCCGGCCGUGGCCAAGUUGGGCUCCGAAAGUUCGGUACAGCAGCGUGGACCGACUACCAUCCGGUGCUCCCAUGUCGUUAUGGGUUGCACUCCUAGCAUUCUGUCCAGCAACAGUGGUAGUGGGGGUGCGGGCGGUGGGGACGGCGGUAGUAAUCAUCAGCAGCGCAAGGACAGCAGCGGACGUCUUUACGAAACCGCGAAUGUACCCACUGCGGCUAACAGUGAGAGCAAUGGGGCCAAUAAUAAUAAACGAGGCACGCUAGCACUGAACCAGGCUCAUACGCUUGGCUCGGGACUGGCGUUUGUGAGGAAGGAUCCCGGUGGCAGCAGCGGUGGCGUUGGUGGAACAGGAGAGAAGGAAUGUAGGAAAAAGGAUUCGAUUGUGUCAAUUUCUGGCUUAAGCCACGUUUCCGUGAUCUCCAAUGUGCUGCGCAGACCCACCAUCACAAGUGGAACAUCAAGCAGUUCGGCAAGAUACGGUCACCGACAAUCGUCACUAGCUUUAACCCCCGAGGAGGAACCACUCGACGCAUAUCCUAGAUUAUCAUCGGAUAUAAAAUUCCCCAACCUAUUGCCGCCCAACCCAACAAUUAAGAUUUUAAUAGCAUUUUGCAAACAUGAUCCCGUCUUCGAUGCGCUGGUCACCGCCAGCCAUCGGCUCAAUUUCGAGCCCACCUUUGUCAAAUCGUCCGACGCCGCCCUGGAGGCGUUCCAGGAUGCGACCAACGGCGGUCAUCAUAUCGUAGUAGUGGACGCUCGGCACCCGAGGAUCAUCGAGGCGGAUGCCCUGGGCAGGUCAAUUCGAAACUCAAAAGGAAGCCAGCACACCACAAUGGUAGCAGUAGUAAAGAAGAGUAUAUUCGAGAAGGACGACACGGCUGUGAUUUCGUUGCUGGAUGUUGGCUUCAACCGGUGUAUAAUCGAGUCACCGCAUGUAUCUAUCUGUUCUUCGGAACUGCGCCAGAUUCAGCACUCGCUGGUUCGCCCGCAGCAUGUGAUAUCAACCCAACAGGCUUUGUAUAUGGCGCUACACCGAACACGGGAGGCAAUCAUAAUCACCGACGACUCGCUCCGAACCCAGUAUGCCAACCGAGCUAGUGAAAGAGUGCUGAACAUGAAAAUAGAUGAAAUCGUCGGACGAUCUCUCAGCGACAUGGUGACAGCCGAUAUUAGUAAUAUUUUAUCUCAAACCAGUAGACAUAAGGAUUACGAAGGUUUCAUCAGUACACGGCGAAAAUCGCAGGAAACGUUACAUCUCCACGUUCGAGCGGUACCUGUUCCAUGCAUCGGAAGGAGUCCCACCCACUUGGUUCUAAUCUUGGAAAUGCCUGCCGCGGGCACUACCCUGACGGCACUAGCCACGGAUGCGCUGCAAACUCAACCGCAUGGCAAGGAGAUAGCCCGCGGUUCGUUGCAUUCGAUCCGGCGGGGCAGCUUCGAUGUUCGAUCUAUUGCUUCCGAUGGCCUGCGCCGUACCAGUUUGGCCAAAUUAUCUCAGCUUCCGCUAGAGGCUCCCAUCACCAAGGUUCUUAGCUUACUGACACAGGUCCAGGAAAGCUGCUCCCAGGAGGAGGUCAAACUGCUGGACCGGGUGAUGGAGUUUCUCAAGCGGGAGGGUCUGUACAGUCCCCAGAUGAAGGAGAUGCGAACCGAUGACCCGGUGGCGACGGAUCUGAUAGGAGCUUUGCUGACGCAAGGACCCACCAACACUAUGUCGUCACGGCGAAGCUCAAACGAUUCGAUCAUUCGAGGCGGGGGACGACCUUCGACCGGUAGUAUCGUUUUUACCAAAUCUCGCGAUCCUUCCCAAAUGUCCGAUUUGAUGAACAAUGCGCUGGCCUGGGACUUUGAGAUCUUCAAGCUGGAGGAUCUGACCGAAAAGCGACCACUCGUUUGCUUGGGUCUUGAGCUUUUCCGAAGAUUCGACGUGUACAACACAUUUAACUGUGAUGAGAUGACGUUCAAACUGUGGUUAAUCAAAAUGGAAGAGUAUUACAAGGCGGAAAAUACAUAUCACAACAGUACCCAUGCGGCGGAUGUGAUGCAGGCAACGGCAUGCUACCUGCAACAGUUGGCAACCCGCGAGAUCAAAGUGAUGGACCGGAUGGACGAAGCGAACGCACUGAUCGCGGCAGCAACCCAUGACAUUGAACAUCCUGGCCGCUCGUCCGCUUUCCUGUGCAACUCGGACCACGAUCUGGCCCUGCUGUACAACGACAUUUGCGUGCUAGAGUCGCACCACGCGGCAACUACCUUCAAGCUAACCCUGGGCGACGACAAAAUCAACAUCUUCAAACAUCUGGAUCGGGAAAGUUACAAACUGGCCCGAUCGGUUAUCGUCGACAUGAUCCUGGCGACGGAAAUGACCCGACACUUUGAGCAUCUGGCCAAAUUUGUGAGCGUGUUCGGAACCGACGUGGAUGGGAAGGAGUCAACCCACGAUAACGAUGACAAUCAGAUUUUGGUGCGAAGAAUGCUGAUCAAGUGCGCGGACGUCAGCAACCCGACCCGGCCGUUGAAGUUCUGCGUCGAAUGGGCCCGUCGAAUAGCGGAGGAGUACUUCACCCAGACGGACGAGGAGAAGCGAAGGAAUCUACCGAUUGUGAUGCCGAUGUUUGACCGGACGACUUGCAGCAUCUCCAAGAGUCAGAUCGGAUUUAUCGAAUACAUUAUUCACGACAUGAUGGAUGCAUGGAACAGUUUCAUCGAAAUGCCCGAAAUCGUUCGUUAUAUGGAGCACAACUACUCGAAGUGGAAAUUGUUUGAGGAGCAGGGCAUUAACACGCUGAACGAUAUCAAGCGGAUGCAGCUCACAUUGACCAGCGAGGCGGCCGGUUCGACCUCGGCGGAUGACCAUCAGUGAAGGUUACAAUCCAAAAAAAAUCCAGAAUAGAACUUCAAUUAAGUAUCAUACGUAUAUUUGGUAGGCGUUUACCGGUUCUCUUUCCGUUGCUUGAAAUCGUCGAGCUACGUUUUAGUCUCAUUUUAUAUUAAAGACCGAUUAGCGUUGGCUGUUGAUUAAUCAAAGGCUGGCUAUUUUGACGAGCGGAUGGCACGAAACUUGUCUCAAUUAUGUUACAUCCCCAGCUUCCCCCUUUAACGGACUGAAGCCGUAGAAUAGUGAUUAUGCAUGUUAAGCCUAUUUAUUUUGCAAAUUGGAAACCCUAUCACGAAGGACACUAAAAUGAAAAAUACUCUUUUGUGUUGUCAACCCACAAGGGGAAGUCUGUCAGGUUAUAAAUAAGCUUUUUUUUACCGAAACCAACCAUUAAAAUUCAAAUUUUAUCCAAAAUCUUGUUAUCGUGGCAAAAAAUAGCUUUCUGUAGGGGGAGGGGAAUAUCAUUCAAAAUACCUAACACAUACGACAACCAACCGGGCACGCAUUGCGAAUACACGUGGAUGUGGUGAUAAUCGAAUUUUUAACCGGUGUCAGAAGCAGCAGCUUGAAUCCACCAUCAUUAGCACAGCUUGAGAUGAGUAAAGUUCCUGCUGGGAGGAUUAUACGAAAGGUUUGCUUGUUGUGGGCCUAGUCCUAGUUAUUGCUGCGUCAGCCAUAACAACUGCGGCCGUACCUGUGAAUUGUGUGGUUUCAAUCGAUGUCCUUCGAUGCUGUGUGAAUCUAUAGCUCACUACAGGAAAUGUUCUUUUAGAUUAGGUAGAUUGGUAGGUAGAUAGUUUGAAAGGCCUUAUUAGUUAUUUCGUUUCGUUGUUUUUAUAAAGAUGAGUAAGAAAUUAUAAGAUUUUCCGUAUUUUAAAAAAAAAUCAGAAGUUGAAUUACUCUGAGGUCUUCUCUCAGCUCUCAAUUAAAAUGCCAUGUUGAGCCCCCUCUGUCAAAAUUACGAGCCCGUUCAUUUAAGAACACUAAUACGUCUAUAACUAACUGAGUAGUAUCCAGCCUGUUUGAAUACGAUGUGUCCCCGUCGUCUGCCAGAAUCUGAAUAUCAACAGCUACAAAUAAAUAAAACGAAACAAUAAAUAAAUGGAAUGCCAUAAUCAAGAGCACAAGUCGCCAUUGUCGAAAAAUAACUGUGUGUAGUUUAAUCGGAUAUUUAUGUGAAAAAUAAAACAAAUAUACAGCAUCACCGUUCUACCUUGAAGUAACUUAAAUGGUUUUGAGUAAUUGCUACAAUAAAGACUACAGCAAAACAUACAAAACGCAUAUGUAACCGUUCAGCUGUUUCAAUGUUUGCAGGGUCAACACUAAUUUAUACUGUAGACAAAAAAAAUGUACUAAGUGGCUUAUCCAAAUAAUCCAGUUCGAAGAAAAGGGCACUGAAACUGAACUAACCCUUAGUGAACAGUUGACAAAUAUUACCGGAACUAUAAGUGUAAGAGAAAGAGAGAAAACCCCAAUAUAUACGUAUACAAUUAUACCAUUAUAAGAAUUAGACGAACCAAAAUAGUCGGUAACAGUUCUCUCCAAUCAACUAGCUAGGAACAUGUGUUUUAUUUUCUAUCGUUGUUCAAGUCUUGAUCACACUACACUAACAUGGUGGACUGGUAUCUACACUAGCUAAUGAACUUUAUAUAUCAUACACACAAUUUCACACAAAUCGAAUGUUCAGUGAUUAUUGUCACCCGGAACGAACUAAGAGCACAAUAGAAUAAUAAUUUCCCACGUGCGACAUGGUUCAUCUUCUAGGUAGGCGAGAGGGAGGUUCUUUCUCGAACGCACUAUUGAAAAAAAACAAACGCAACCCACAAUCUUAGACUAACUAUAAAUAUUUAAAUCAAUGUUCGAUUCUACUUGAUGAAAACACUAUCUCUGAUAUGCUGGUCGUAUCACUUUUACAAUAAAACGUUAUUAGCACCAUUGAUUGAUUGAGAUUUGACGCGCCGUGGGGGAGAGAUAUUUUAUCGAUCUAUACACAACACACACACAUACCUAUAUACUAACAAUGUUAACUGAUUGUAAGUCAUAUACAUGUGCGCGUACUCCAAAAUACACCCAAAGCUAGGUGGUAUAAUGCGGCGAUGGGUAGAAGAUGGAAAUAUCGGUGAAAAAAAUUAACUAUGUUCAUUUAACAAAGCAGCUAUACAAACUACAAACCAGACAUACAUAUACAAUAAGAAAGAAUCGUCGUAAACACUAGAGCCUAAUAUUUAAAUUAUAUUUAAAACAAUUUGAAACAUUGUGGUAAACAAGCCGAAAAUAUAGAAACAAUCGACUAAAUCUGGAGUAAUGGUAAAUGUUACACUGAAUCUGAAAACUUUAAGUAAUUCGCUAACGUAGAAUGAGAAAGAGGUGUCAUGUUAUUACAAAAUUGCGAACUGAAAUAAAAUUGAUUGAUGAAUGGA